UCCUAUACACAAGCAGUCGCCGUGACGGGGAAGGGCUCACACAGGCAGGUAUUUCUGUGCGCGAGGGUGACAGAGAUAGCGCGCUACGAAGCAUAAACUGUUUCUCAGUGAGUGUUGUGUCACUUCAGGAUACUGACCUUCCAUCAUGUCUGAGGACUACAGCAUCAACACUGGACAGAAGAAGACCUUUACUAUCCCCGACUAUGUCCUUUUCAGUCUCACAUUGGCAAUAUCGGCCGGGAUCGGACUUUUCUAUGCCAUCAAAGAUAGAAACAAAAUCAAUUCUAAGGAGUACCUUUUGGGCGGUAAAGAUAUGUACGUCCUCCCCGUGGCGAUGUCGCUGCUGGUGACAUUUCUCUCUGCAUUAACGUUGCUGGGGACGCCGGCUGAGAUGUACAACUACACGACGAUGUUUUGGUGGUUAUGCCUUGCAUUUGUUUUUGCAAUGGUCAUUGCUUCAGUUGUAUUCAUUCCAUUCUUCUAUAAUCUGAAUGUGACAAGUGUAUUUCAGUAUCUAGAGCUGCGUUUCAGCAUGCCUGUGCGUGUUCUCGCCUCCCUGCUCUACAUUUUGCAAACUAGUGCGUAUAUGUCGUUCGUCCUCUACGCCCCUUCGCUGGCUCUGAAUGCGGUUACUGGACUUGAUCUAUGGGGAUCUCUGGUGGCUGUUGGAAUCAUUGUGACGCUGUAUACCGCUCUGGGGGGAAUGAAGGCUGUGUUGUGGACAGACACUUUCCAGGCUUUUGUCAUAUUAGCGGGGUUGUUGGCUGUUCUCAUCCAGGGUUCCAUCGUCAUGGGUGGCUUCCAGAACGCCUGGGACAUCGCCGGGAAUAGAUCAAGGAUUAACUUCCACGACUUCAGCUUUGACCCCACUACCCGCCACUCUUUCUGGUCGGUUGUUGUGGGCGGGUCCUUCUUCUGGAUGUCACUGUAUGGAGUUAACCAGGCUCAGGUCCAGAGAGCCUUGUCCUGUCCAUCUAUGUUUAAAGCCAGACUGACACUCCUUGUAAACCUGCCUGGACUCAUAUUCAUAGUCAGCCUUUGCUGUAUGAUCGGCAUCGUCAUGUACGCCUUCUAUGCCGACUGCCACCCCAUCAAGUUCAACAACCUAAUCAGCAGAACAGAUCAGCUCCUGCCCUUGUAUGUAAUGGACAUCUUGGGCCAUAUUCCCGGAAUACCUGGAGUGUUUGUGUCGUGCAUCUUCAGCGGAAGUUUGAGCACCAUAUCCUCCUCCUUGAACGCCCUGGGAGCCAUCAUUCCCUGCGACUUCAUCAAGCCAUGCUUUCCCAACCUUUCUGAUAGGACCAUGACCAUUCUUUCGAAGGUUACAGUUGUCGUAUUCGGGGGCGUUGCUAUUGGCCUCGCCGCCCUCGUCUCUCAACUUGGGUCUGUGCUGCAGGCAUCUUACACUGUGUACAGCAUCAUCAAUGGUCCGUUGUUUGGGUUGUUUAUUCUCGGCAUGUUCUUCCCCUGGGCAAACGCAUGGGGAGCGUUUGUUGGCGCUCUGACCUCCUUGACCUUCAUGUGCUGGAUCGGAUUCGGUGCAUUCGCCAACAAGGUUUCCACUGCCAUACCUUCCCCUGUCUUCACACACGGCUGCAACUGGUCCGUCACAACGACGGCGAUGACUAUCACAACAACGCUAGGGACUACAACCACACCUUCUACAGGCUCCACCGAAAUGACAACGGUUGCAGCGUCAAGCGACCCGUUCAUACCGAUGUACAAGCUUUCUUAUCUCUACUACACGCCGACGGCGAUGGCAGCGCUCGUCAUCGUGGGAAUGGUCGUCAGCCUCAUCACUGGUCCGAGACGUCCGGGGAGUAUUGACCCUCGCCUACUCUGCCCUCUGUUUGACCGCCUCUUCCCUUGUAUGCCAGAGAAGAUACUCAGACCUCUCAGAUGCGGGGUCGACCAUAAAGGGAAGUACAGGAAAGAGGUUUAUAAAGAAGCUGACGAAUUACCAGAGAAGAUUCAGCCCGUCGAUGAAUACGACGUUGAGACGAAGUCGCCCACUGACGUGGAAGCAGUUGAGGUGAACGGUGGCGCCAUCAAUCAAGGAUUUGUCCCGAUUAGCGAGAAUACCUCGGAUCCGGAAGUAUUUGUUACACAUUUGUAGGAGCUGUCUUGAAUUGUUUUUAAAUCCCAAAUUCAUCUUUAUUGUAAAACAUAAUAUUAUGGUCCUUGUAAAGCGAUGUACCAAAUGAAUUCAUUUGUGAAUGGUUUUUUUUGCUAUGGCAGCUUGAACUCAGCUUGGCAGUGACAAACGUCUGUACAUACUGAAACUAAACAGCCUUAUUGUCGAGCUGAUCAUAUAAACGUAUUGUACAUGCAUCAGUCACUUACACUACAUUGCUUGUAGAAGGACCAUCUUAACCAUUACUUGGUACAAAACUGAACAAAGCUAAUUUCGACAGGCUUACUACAUACUACCAAAUUGUUACAUUUGCACAUUUAUGUUGUUCAUAUAUGUAAUCAUUGUAUGAAACGUGUAAUACAACAGCCGUGCUGUCUUCAGUUGGAUGUUUAUAGUUACACACAAGGUUAUGUACCCAUGAUAUUAAUUAUUGUCAUCCCUAUACUAAGACGCACAUAUCUAUGGGUGACAAUACAUAUCAUUAAACUGAAACUGUAUAUAUAUUUUAAAAUCUGUUAUUUAAACCUAUGUACUGUAUCCUAUUUAACAAUUUUGUCGUUUUUGACGUGUACCACAGGCGGGGCAGGAUAGGCUCACCUUUUCGCCAACUCCUGGUGACAUUUCUAUGUGAUAGUGAUUCAUGAACACAUGCUAAUGAUAUAGUCGGAAUCGAACAAUGGAGAUUGUGGAAACGUCUUUGUUGCUUUAAUUAUAUGAUUUUAAUUUAUAUAUAAUGUUAAAACAUAUCUACAGUCAUGACAAUGAAGUAGGACCCUAUUAGACAAUCACAUUUAAAAAGCACUUCUUAAAUGCUGUACUCUCUUUGCUGAGAUAUUAGCGCAUUGCCAUCAUAUGUUUGCCAAAGUUAUUGUUGAAUCAUGUUCUGCAUGUAGUUUCUUUUAGAUUAUUUUUAAAGCCCUUGAACAUGGUCACUUGCUCAAACGUAUGCUUUAUCUUAUUUUAUCAUGUACCCAGUUUGUUUAAAGUAAUAUUUUUGUACUCCCGUAACAAAUAUAAAGGUUAAUUUAUCGUAAUUUUAAUUUUGGUAAUACAUUUUAUAUAUUGUGCAUGUUACUCGCUUUGGGGUUUUCUAUAUAAUGGCUACUUACAAAAGUAAAGGCACGAAAGAAUUAAAAUUGUGUUGUCAAUUGAUAAAGUCUUAUUAAAUCUAAGACUAUUCUCAAAAUGCAUAUAUAUCGCCUUGUCUAAUAAUUAGAUUAUCCAGGUUAGUUUUCGUUAUGUCAAAAUUACAAUGCCAGUUGCUGAAACAGUAUGCAUAAUAAUAAGUUAAAUUCAUGUGUUUCCGCCGAGCACAUACCAUACAUACUUGUCGUAGGAGGCGAUCAGAUAGUUCUUGUUGUCAGACUCAGUGACUUGGUUGAAGUUGUGUCAUCGUACGACGCCAGCAUGGGACGUUAUAAUAGGACGAUUAUAUGAAUCACUAUUUUUUUUCUGGCCCAAACUCGAUUAUUUAAAGGUUGAAAUCAUAUAGAUGGAAUAUUUGUGAGCAUGGCGUUAAACAGACAAACAAAUCUCAACAGGUCACAUUACAAUACAGAGAACAAUGUAUGUACUCAUAUCUCAUAUCGUCACUCGUGGGGAUUCCGGGUUAGCAAUGGCAAGCUUUGCUCGUCGUAUGUGACGGCUUAAUGGAUGGGGUAAUAAGGCCCGGGGACCUCGUUACUGGCGUGUCAAAGCGUCCCGGCGGCCUUGAUCGUUGCUCAUAAUAUCAAUGACUAGAUUGUCUGGUCCAGACUCUGCAGAGUUGCGUCCCUUGGACACGCCAGAAACCUAUGAUUGUGGGUUCGAAUCCCGGUUCGCCCCGAUUAUGUUUCCAGGUUUGUCAGCACCAUACCCGUGCUCGUGGGUUUCACCGAAGUGGUAAACGUCUGAGACCUGCAUCACUUCGGGCUUUCCUCCCACAUUAAGCUGACACGCCGCGAUAUAACUGGAAUACUGUUAAAAAGCAGCGUUAAACCCAACUCACUCACUCACUCACUCUGGUCCAGACUCGAUUAUUUGCAGGUCGGCGUCAUUGAACUAUUGCUGAGUGCGGCUUAUAAGCUGAUUUAUUUGAACAACAAAUGACGCACCGUGAUUAAAGAACACGCUUAGAAACAUUCUAUGCAUCAUUAUUGGAUUCGAACUUGGAUUGGAACAAAUUGGUGAAACGUGUCUUUCUGAACACGUGUUAAGAACAUGGACGCUUGUAAUGUGAAACAUGGACUGUUGCUUGUUAAAGGUAUCCAUGGGAGCAUAACGUGGCAAUAAACGUCAGUUAUUUGAGUGACUCCGUAUGCACCAUGUUCAGAUUAGGUAUGAACCAUCGUCAUCGACCGUAUGUCAUGAUUAAAACUGGUAGAACGACAACCCGAGUGGUGAGUGAUUCUACAGGUUCACUACACUACGACCUACUGUCUUACAGACAAACAGUGCGCAGGAUCACACAAGAAGCGGAUGUCAAGUGCAAUGUCGUUACGUGAAGGCAGGGUUAUCGUCCGUUCUCACCUACCAGAGUCAACUACUACCGAUAGUCGGUUAUCAGUGGCAAAUCUCGUGAUUAGGUGCCGACGUCCAUACUUUGGGUGUGCGUUUCUUUUGGAAUUGAGUAUAUAAGCAAUUACAUGACGCAAUAUGGCAGCAGCGUUUGUUAUAAGUUGAUGUGUCGUGAUUGUCAGUGGCGGCAUAAGACUGAAACGCUCGUAAAAUAUUGAUUUUAACAGGAUGUGUUAUGAGAGUUACCUCCCUAGAUUGUUGACAAACUAAGCAAGGUUUAUCUAUCCAGAAGUGUCGUGUUGUGACAGUUUCUAGAAGGCUGCUCUACCUACAUUUAUAUGGGUGACAAUACCUAAAAGCAUGGGUUUAACUCAUGAAACUGAAACUGUAUCUUUAUCUUAAAAUCUGUUAUCAAUUUAAACUAUGUACUGUAUGCUAUUUAACAAUUUUGUCGUUUGUGACGUGUACCACAGGCGGGGCAGGAUAGGCUCACCUUUUCGCCAACUCCUGGUGUCAAUUCUAUGUGAUAGUGAUUCAUGAACACAUGCUAAUGAUAUAGUCGGAAUCGAACAAUGGAAAUUGUGGAAACGUCAUUGUUGCUUUUAUUAUAUGAUUCUAAUUUAUAUGUUAUGAUAAAAAUUAUCUACAGUCAUGACAAUGAAGUAGAGCCCUAUUAGACAAUCACGUUUAAAAAGCACUUCUUAAAUGCUGUACUCUCUUUGCUGAGAUAUUAGUGCAUUGCCAUCAUAUGUUUGCCAAAGUUAGUGUUGAAUCAUGUUCUGCAUGUGGAAGUUUUUUAGAUUUUUUUUAAAGCUCUUGGAAUAUGGUCACUUGCUCAAACGUAUGUUUUAUCUUAUUUUAUCAUGUACCCAGUUUGUUUUAAAUAAUAUUUUUGUACUCCCGUAACACAUAUAAAGUUUAUUUUAUGGGUUUUUUUAUUUUAGUAAUACAUUUCAUAUAUUGUGCAUGUAACUCGCUUUUGGCUUUUCUGUAUAAUGGCUACUUACAAAAGUAAAGGCACGAAAGAAUUAAAA